UUCCACGUUCACGAAUCUUAAAGGUCCCGUAUUGCGGAUAAAUCCCCUCCUAAGUUUUGACCUCCCACCGUCGUCGUCGGCGAGCGAGCGAGCGAUCCGCGGCGGCGGCGGCGGCGAUGGCGGAGGAAGGGUUUCUGGAGGUGGAGAAUCUCGAAGCCAUCAUCACGAGGAUCGAGCAAAAGUCGCGAAAGAUCGAAAGCUUGCUCAAACAAUCCAAACCGGUGGAGGCCCUGAAAACGGCUCUCGAGGGAUCCCCUCUUAAGACCCGGGACGAGAGGUGCAAGUCGGCGAAUUGGAUAGUGGUGCAUCGAGCGAUGAUGGCGAUAAAGGAUGUAGAUGCAAUGUUCUCUUCGUUGGAUCCCGAGUACUAUGACAUCCUCAUGAAGUACUUGUAUAGAGGGUUGGCAACUGGAGAUCGACCAACAUGCGACCAAUGCCUCAGAAUUCAUGAAAAGCUUACAGAGCGCGCUGGAUUGGGAUGUAUACUUCGCUCCCUCGCGGACACCGUAAACACUGUCUAAAGCUUCGUCGCACCUUCAGGAGCAUUUGUGUUAUGUAGAAACCAGUUAAGUAAGAUUCCUAACUACAUCUUUUAAUUGAGUUAAAAGGAUUAGUUUUACCUUACAUGCCCUUAGGAUUAGUUACAAACCUAUCUAUUUCUCUUGCAUGGAGUCAGCAUCAGAGCAUGCCAGAUAAUGCGUUAAGUUGGUAAUUUCGAAAAUAAAACUGCGUUUUUAAUGGAUC